AUGGAGAAAAUAAGUGGAAGGGAGUCCGCUAUCCUGUCUACAAUGAACACCAGCACAGAGACCCGGGGGCUGGAACUCACGGAAGAAGAACUCGAGGGAAACAAGAGGGCUGGGGAGCCAGGACACAGCCAGGGGGAUGAAUUGAGUCUGUCCACUCACCAGAGGAAGAACCGACAGCCUUUCGUCAAGUUGACCCUGUUCUGCCACACUCAUGCCGGCUUGUUCAAGAGAAUCCUGCUGAGCGUGCUGUGUGUAGCAUAUGCUGCCUACUUCUUGGCCGCUUGCAUUUUGGAUUUUCAGAGGGCACUGGCCUUGUUCGUGCUCACCUGCUUGGUGCUGAUUAUCCUGGCUCACCGCUUCCUGAAGAGGCUGUUGGGUAACAAGUUAACAAAAUGUCUGAAGCCCUUUGAAAACUCCCGCCUGAAGUUUUGGGCAAAAUGGGCGUUCGGAGGACUUGCCUUGAUUGGCCUGAUCCUGUGGCUGGCUCUCGACACAGCUCGAAAGCCAGAGCAGCUGAUCUCUUUCGGAGGGAUCUGCAUGUUCAUCAUCAUCCUCUUUGCCUGCUCCAAGCACCACGGCGCAGUGUCCUGGAGGGCAGUGUUUUGGGGCCUGGGUCUUCAAUUUGUAUUUGGGAUCUUGGUCAUCAGAACUGAUCCUGGAUUUAUUGCAUUCCAGUGGCUGGGAGAACAGGUUCAGAUAUUCCUGAGCUACACUGUGGCUGGAUCCAGCUUUGUCUUUGGGGAAAUAUUGGUCAAGGAUGUCUUUGCUUUUCAGGCCUUGCCAAUUAUCAUUUUCUUUGGCUGCGUCAUGUCCAUACUGUACUAUCUGGGCCUCGUACAGUGGGUGAUUCAGAAGAUCGCCUGGUGUUUGCAAGUCACCAUGGGCACCACGGCCACGGAGACCUUGGCUGUGGCAGGAAACAUCUUUGUGGGGAUGACAGAGGCACCCCUGCUCAUCCGUCCAUACCUUGCAGACAUGACACUCUCUGAAAUCCAUGCGGUGAUGACUGGGGGGUUUGCCACCAUUUCAGGCACUGUGCUGGGAGCCUUCAUAUCCUUUGGGAUCAGCCCAGCAUCCUUGAUUUCUGCCUCUGUGAUGGCAGCCCCUUGUGCUCUUGCGUUGUCAAAACUAGUCUAUCCAGAAGUGGAAGAAUCAAAGUUCAAGAGUAAGGAAGGGAUAAAACUGCCUCGUGGGAAGGAGAACAAUAUCCUGGAAGCUGCCAGCAAUGGAGCCACAGAUGCCAUAGGCCUUGUUGCUAACGUAGCCGCCAACCUGAUCGCAUUUUUGGCUGUGUUGGCUUUCAUCAAUGCUGUCCUCGCCUGGCUGGGGGAAUUGGUGGAUAUCCAGGGUCUCAGUUUCCAGGUCAUCUGCUCCUAUAUUCUAAGGCCCAUGGUCUUCAUGAUGGGUGUAGAGUGGGCAGACUGCCCCUUAGUGGCUGAGAUGGUGGGGAUCAAGUUCUUUAUCAAUGAAUUUGUGGCCUAUCAACAAUUGUCUCAGUACAUGCAAAAGCGUCUCUCCGGAGUGGAAGAGUGGAUUGGGGGUGAGAAACAGUGGAUCUCAGAGAGAGCUGAAGUCAUUACAACAUUUUCACUCUGUGGAUUUUCCAACCUUAGUUCCAUGGGAAUCACACUGGGAGGCUUGACAUCAAUGGUGCCCCACCGGAAGAGUGACUUGUCCAAGAUUGUGCUCAGUGCCCUCCUCACGGGGGCCUCCGUCUCCCUUAUCAGUGCCUGUAUGGCAGGAAUCCUCUAUGUCCCCAGGGGAGUGGGCGUUGACUGUGUCUCCUUCCUAAACACAAGUUUCACCAAUAGCAGCUAUGAGACCUACGUGUGCUGCAAAGAGCUCUUUCAGAGCACUUCUUUGAAUGGCACCCACGGUCCUUCUUUUUCUGGUCCCUGGGAAGGCAAUGAGUUCAGUGGCAUGGCGCUUGCUAACUGCUGUGGAAUCUACAACCAUUCUACCUGUGUCUAAGGCUGUACCAUUUCUACAACAGGGUUGAACCUGACCGCUCUUGGAUGACUGAUGUGUUUAUACACGCAGUGUCCACUCAGCAGUUAACGCAUCAAACUCUUUAACAGUCGUGAUAAACAUUGUACUUUUGAAAAACCAGGACUGAUGACUAGCAUUUAUCUUUCUGUUCUUUAAACUAAAUAGAAAAUGUAUCACGGGCUCUGCCGGAGCUUAGGUUUGAAAUGA